AUGGCAUCUUCAAGCGUGAGGGCACCUCCUCCGCCUCACAUCAUCUCCACUCAGAGUGACACAAGCCCAACCCCAAAUGGUAUCAGUCGGUCCUCCACAUCUACCUCUAUACAUCGUAAUAGAUCUCAUUCAGAUUCUGUGUCGUCAAAACACUCGACCGUACAUUUCGACCUGGAAGAUCAGGCUCCAGAACUUACCGCUAAUCCCUUUCCAUCACCAAAAUCCUCCAUUUCAUCGCUCAGGCCUGCGCAUGCCAAUGGAUCUGCCAGUGUGACAAUUGGCAAUUCAUAUCAACCUAUCCAUCCAUCUACAUUACAUAAUUCCACUAUCCCCUCUCCACCUAGAUCAGCACCUUUACCAUCAGCGACUUCAUCGUCAUCUAGCUCGAUGAUGAAACCUUUCCCAAGCAUGAACGAUCCACCAUCAUCUCCAAGACCUGGAUUACCCAAGACGAGAUCAUCGCAAGAUCGGAGGGUAUGGUCAGAAACUCUUCCUGUCAAUUCCAGACAUCGCUCAGGAUCAAUGAUCGCCAAUGGCAAGAGAGCAUCAAGGGUGACAGGAGGAUUUGAGACCAGUAGUGAUAGUGAUGGGGAUGAAUCUACCACCGAUCAAUCUACUAAAGACACCGGUACCGGUACUGGAGGAAAUACCCCCUCACAGUCAGAAAAUGCCGCUGCUGGACCUAGUAGGCCGCGAGCAAAAAGUCUGUUAGGUCCAACAGGUCGAGAAAGGCAGAACUCCGAUGCUAGUGGAACAAGUAGAGAAUUGAAAAGAAGGAAAGAUAAAGAAGAUCAUAAAAGACCAAGGAAACGAUCAUCGAAAGAAGCCCUUCCUCCUUCUAGGAUGUUAUCUUAUCGCUCUACCGCUACCGCUUCUCCUCCUAAGAUCACUCCGCAACUACCUAAUUCUAAAUCAGACUCGUAUUUUGGAUCGCAGAAUGGAUCUUCACCUCGAUCGAGUCGGAUCUCAACCGCUAGAUCUUCUCCGCUCAUCGAGUCUACCAUCCCUGCACCUAUCGGAAAAUCUCAGAUAUCCAGAGGGAAAAGUCUUGAGAUGCUGAAAGAACGAAGCAGUAGUCCUGAGGGAAGUAAGCGAUUGAAAGGGAAGGAGAAAGAGACGACGAAGAAAAAACAAGGUGAUUUAGCUGCUAGUCUAGGCUUAGGUAUCGGAGGAAUGCAGGAUAUGGCUUUAAAUCCAGAACAACUUCGAAAUCUCCUCAGCGACUCUGACGUUUCUUCCGCUCUACGACUCAUGAACUCGCCUCAUGCGCCAGCUACUCGACCUGCCAAUCUCAAUGAAUGGUCAAAUUCCGUGUUCUUCUCUCCGCCAAACACUCGACCUACGUCUCCUGGAGCCGAUCAGCCAACCCAUCGAUCUCCUUAUCUUGUCUCCGCCCCUCCUGCACUGACAAGUUCCGACAACCAUGGCAGAGAGAGGACUAUGUCUGUAGCCAGUACUAUUGCUCCUCCCACACGAUCGACAUGGGGAUCCUCACCUCGUCAGAGACAGAGUAUAGAUAGUCAUCCUUCUCCGGAGAUACAAACUGCGAAUCGGAGAAGAGCCAGCUUGAAGGGUGGAUUGUUGUCAGAUGGUCAAGGUGGACACGUACCUUUCACUCAUCAUUUACCUGUUCCCUCGGUUGACGAAGGUAGUCCAGAACACGAGUUAGACGAUGUUAGCGAAGUUCUCCCAGCUAUCAUGGAGAAUGAUUCAGCAGUGUUACCUUCCAUGCCUACUAUACAGUCAGAUAAAUCAAGCAAAGAUGGCAAGGAGAAGGAAAAGGAAAAGAAGAAUCGUCUCAGCAAUAUCUUCCAUAUCGGGAAGAAGAAGUCAGCGGACGUACCUCCCAAACAUGAUCACAAUUUACUGCAUAAAGAUCACAGGACUGAUAAGCAGAAGGAAGAGGACAAGCUGCGGGAAAGAGAAAGGUAUGAGAGAGAUGUUGAGAGGAGGAGACUAGAGCAGGAGAGGAGAGAUGAAGAGCUAGCUCAAGAACAUCGAUUCCGCGCAUUGACUCAAGUCGCUGCCCACCCGGCUGCGGAACGUCUAGCAUAUACAGACGGAGCAAGAUUACGUGCCUUUUAUUCUCACGUCUACGAAGGCAUAGAUGACCCUCCCAAGCUCAAUCCUCUUGCGGUCAUCCGUUGGCGGAUUAAGACGGAAGAACAGACCGAAGCUCGUCAGCGGUGGGAACAAGAGCAACAGCAUGGAUACCAGCAUUCCAAUAAGAGCGAUACAUCGGGUUUUACCAAUCAUGCUUCGCCUCACAGUCUUCCCCGGGGCAGCCAUUUUGGCGGAAAUAUACACACUAGUCCCAUGAGUGUCGGAUCUUCGAAUCGAUAUGGCGCUCGGAAAUCCAUCGAGAGCAAUCGGUCGAUCUCAUUAGGCUCACUUGGUAAAUCCACCGAUACUUUUCCUCACAACAAGUCUCGUGAUCAGAGACACCGAUAUGAGAAAGGAUGGGGAUACUCUGUCGAUGAUAUUCUGGCUUAUAAAGCUGCUAAGGGACAAGUCAACUAUUUCAUACCUCCUAGAAGAUCUCAUCCAGACGUAGAAGUCCUGACGGAAGAUGAGGACAGGGUGGUUCUUCCCGCGACAGACAAUGGAAGAUCAGAAUCGAGGGUAGAUGAUCAAAGCUCGAUAGCCGAUAGUAGUCAAAAAUCUCAUCUACAUCGGAUGGGCGUCAAGACGGCUAGUAAUGCUUCUCUAAUGGAUGUCGAAGGUAUAGUGGGCGAUGACAACGGCGCGUUGACGAGGACUACAAGCGCAGAGGAGAAUGCACAUGUAGGUGCACAUACCACAAGUCGACUCGGCCAUCGUAGUCAUCAGAGCUUGAGUGCCGUCGGACCAACUUCACUCACGCAAGCUCUCAAACAACCUUUUGAGAAACUGUCUCAUGUGGGCAAAAAGCAGCGUAACCCACCAGGACCCUCAAGAGACGAAGGUGAAACUCAACAUAUCGAAGAUAGCAAAAUACGUGAACCCAACCAUACUCAUACUCGUUCGGAUUCAGCCCCUUCACCCCGCGUGCACAACGGUCAGUAUCAUACCCCAAUGUCGAACAAACCUAGCAGGACGAUCGUCAAUCCUUCUUUGGGACGUAAUAGGGAUAAUGCUUCCUCCAGGAGACAUGGUACACCAGGGGGAACAGGAACAGGUGGUGACUUUACCGAUGAAGAGUAUUCAAAAGAUAAAGAAUUCCAUUUACGUAAAUUAUUCUUGAAAGGCCAAAAAGUUCUAUCAUCCUUCGAUGAUCAUACGAAUAGAUUGUACAGACGAUCAGAAGCUAGUUUAGCUACGAAUAAAACAACAAAGCUAAAACAGGAUGAAAGAGAGCAGGAACUUUUAGCGCUGGAGGCUGCCCUACUGCGAGAAUCGGCUUUUAGAGAAAGACAGGCAGAAGUUGAUAGGAAGACUCAGUUGGAGAUUGAAGCGAGGGAAAGGAUCAGGAAGUUGGAGAAUGAGAUUUACGCUGAGCGGGUAGAACACCUCGAUUCUGCGCGUCAAAAACUGGAUAAUGUGAAUGCCAACAUCGCCAGUAUAAACGAUGCCAUACGACAAUAUCUGUUUCAGAUUGACUUUGUCCGAGACGAAGCUGCUAUCGCUGCCAAUAUCGAGCUUGAUUGGUCCAGAAUCGACUCAAUCCGUGCGAUCUAUGGUAAUGUUGGUCGCCCAAAAGUGACCGAAGAUGAUGAACAUCGAGAUAUCUUACCCCCGCUGAGGUCAUUCACGACAAGUCAUGACAGUGGAUCUGACCUGGCUCAUCGACAACGAAUGAACUCUGCCAACAAUCGAAAAGCUAAAUCCCACAGUAUCAAUGUCCCACAUCGUAAAGGAUCUUUGAACGCAUCUCUAGCACCUAUUCAUUCGAAUUUGGAUCACCCUAUCCGACACAGACCGCGAAGAACAUAUCUCGAUCCCAGCGGAUUAGAGAGGGUCGAUCCGAUCAAACAGGCAGAACUGGUCAUUUCGUUCGCUCAGGAGAGGAUCAAAGAUAUGGGGAAAGAGAAAGAACGUACCAAAGUUGAGCUGGAAAAUCUGAUCUACAAGAUUGAAAUGAUGAUCAAAAGGAAAGACAACGUACGGCGAUGGACGCGAGAACAUCUCGAAAAGAAUUUGGCCAAACAAUCCCAAUUGGAUCGGUUGAUCAGACAAGAAAAGACAAAUGACAAUUUGACUUCAUUGUUCAAUCUGAUCGUCUUGAGGGAUAACUCGAUCAAUAUCGCCGUGCAAAGUACAGGAUAUCUUUGGAGACCGCUAUUUUGGAGUUAUUAUCAACUCAAAGGGGAGGUAUGGUUCUUCAUCAAGUGGAUGAGACCUAGUUCAUAUUGGUGUAGAAAGAAGAAAGAUAGAAUAGACCCACAAGAGAGUAACCAAGAGCCGGUCGCAGAUGGCGUACGAGAUAACAGGCAAGGAGAUGGAAAUAUCUUGGAUGAUUUUGGUUCUUCCUCACCGGGCAGGAAUCAUCAGCAUCUACUGGCAUCAUCAUCAGCGUCGUCGUUGUCGACUGAAAUGGAUCGAUUCGCAAAUCAAAAUGAAGAUGAAGAACGACGUGUUCCCUUCGUAGUUUCAAUCACUAUUGUUAUCAUCGCUUUGGCUAUUGGUUCCUAUUACUAUCGUCAAUCUUAA